ACUCUACUGUUGCUCCGGCCCUGUCGCCCCGCUCGAGGCGAGGCCCCCAAAACCCUCUUCUAGGCUCCCACAUUGUUAAUGCCUUUGCCUUCCUUAACCAAGAAGCAUAUAGCUACUGAUUGGUGCGCCCUCCCUGCUGCUCCCAGCUGCGGUGCGAGUAUAAAAGCGCAGGUAGCGGCUAGUGCCAUAAAGAGCAGGCGAUAACGAGUGGCUGCUGAUAGAGAUAGCGGCGGCCAUGACGGUGCAGAGGGUGGCGCUGUACUUGCAGGUGGCGGCGGUGGCGGUGCUGCUGGCGGCGGCGGGGCUCCGCGCGCAGCUGCGGGUGGGCUUCUACGACAGCUCGUGCCCGGCGGCGGAGAUCAUCGUGCAGCAGGAGGUGAGCAGGGCGGUGGGCGCCAAGCCGGGCCUCGCCGCCGGCCUGCUCCGCCUCCACUUCCACGACUGCUUCGUCAGGGGGUGCGACGCGUCGGUGCUGAUCGACACGACCAGCGGCAACACGGCGGAGAAGGACGCCGGGCCCAACACCAGCCUGCGGGGCUUCGACGUCAUCGACGCCAUUAAGGGGCGCGUCGAGAAGGCCUGCCCCGGCGUCGUCUCCUGCGCGGACAUCCUCGCCUUCGCCGCCAGGGACAGCGUCGCGCUGGCCGGCGGGAACGCGUACCAGGUGCCGGCGGGGCGGCGGGACGGCGCCGUGUCGCGCGCGUCGGACACGAACGGCAACCUGCCGCCGCCGACGGCGAACGUGGCGCAGCUGACGCAGAUGUUCGGCGCCAAGGGCCUGACGCAGCGGGACAUGGUCGUCCUCUCCGGCGCGCACACCAUCGGGUCCUCGCACUGCAGCUCCUUCAGCAGCCGGCUGUCGCAGUCGGGCACCACGGCGGGGCAGGACCCGACCAUGGACCCGGCGUACGUGGCGCAGCUGGCGCGGCAGUGCCCGCAGGGCGGGGACCCGCUGGUGGCCAUGGACUACGUCUCCCCCAACGCCUUCGACGAGGGCUUCUACAAGGGCGUCAUGGCCAACCGCGGCCUGCUCGCCUCGGACCAGGCGCUGCUCAGCGACAGGAACACCGCCGUGCAGGUCGUCACCUACGCCAACGACCCGGCCACGUUCCAGAGCGACUUCGCCGCCGCCAUGGUGAAGAUGGGCUCCGUCGGCGUGCUCACCGGCAGCAGCGGCAAGAUCAGGGCCAUCUGCAGGGUCGCCUGAUCGCUCGCUCGUUUCCGGCCGUGUGGAAUUGUAGAUUCAUUGAUUGGUUUGGACGACCGGACAUGGUUGUGUUGACGCAAAUCUCGGUCAACACACGAACGCACUAGAUCGUGCGGUGCGAGAAAGAACUUGAUGCAGCUCUCCCUGUGUGGAGCGGUCAGACCGGUCUAAGGAACCGGUCAGACCGGUCGCCGGUGAGAAUCGGCGACGGCUGACAAACGCGAACCUGGGAGGGACCCUGUCAGGGUAGACGCACGUAAGGUUGUUAUAGGAUCGGCAGGACACCUAGAACACCUUCAAACGUCGCGGAGACAAAAGAAGAACAACAGAGGGGGUUGGAAAAAUUAGGGUUUGGAGAAGAAGAUAAAAAAUAGAGUUUGUAUUGAUUUUGUUCGAUUGGAUUAGCUAAUCGGCCGUGACCCUUUAUAUUUA